AUUUAUUAAAAAUAUUAAAUAUGGCAAGCAACUCAGGUGAAUUUCUGGCUUUGGUGAAGUGGGUGGGUGGUGUUGAUGAUAAAAAGUAUACCACUGGGAUUAACGUCGCACACAUUAAAAACUUCGAUGAAAAAAAAUUCCUGAAUGGCGAAGAAGAUCCAGAAAAGGUUUACGUCGUAGAGUGGCAUGACGGGCCAGAACCUCUUGGAGGUUGGAUCUGUUAUAACGCUAGAGUUAUUGCAAUCUCAAAAAAAAUUACUGUUUUGGAAAAAAAAUUUAAAGCAUUGGAUGGCAUGCGGUCACCAAGACGAGUAGAUCCAAAGCUUUUUGAUAACGAUGUCGCUCUGAAGGCUAAAGAGCCACAGAAACCAGAGAAAGAAAGAGAAGCUAAUGGUGAAUCGAGCUCGAGUAUGUUGAAAGAACUUCAAAAAAGUAAUACAGAAAGCACUGAUGAUGGUAAAAAUACAAAACGAAAGACAGAAUUACAUGAUUUGGAGGUAGAGAUUUAUAAAGAGAUUAUUUCAUUGGUUGAAGAUCCUGGUACAGCUGGUGCGAAAAAGAUUUUACUGAAUAAUGAUUGUAACAUUUUAUCGUGUAUAAAAGAUAAAAAUUCUCAUCAAGCCAAGUCAAAUGAAUUGUCGACAGCGAGCACUUCAGCAGCAGACGGUAAAUUUUCUCUUAAGCAUCAUUCUUCUCCUAAAACUAAAUCGAAUCCAGAGAAAGGAAAAAUGAAAGAAUUGGGACUUCCAGGAUCUGGGGUAUUUAUACCUGAAGCACAAUUUAAUGUAGCCGAAAGGGCCCAAUCUGCGACCGCUAUGGCGACUUCUCUUUUGAUGUCGAUUUUCCCUCGAAGUGUCAUUGCUAACAGCAACUUGAGAGGUGGAAAAUCUAAGACAAAGAAUUCUACUGUCCAGCAUAGCGCUCUUGAUUCUGACAAAAUAACGGCGAUACAUGAUGCUGUAAAAAAACGUUUUAAGCAUAGGUACAAUGAGAGUGAAGUAAACCGUGCGAUAAACGUUAAGUGUAGUAGAGUCAGAAGUGAGGAGAAAGAAGCAAAGGCUCAAGAAGGAGUUAAAAAACCAAAACUAGAUGGAAAAUCCGACGUCAAGCCGUAGUGCUUGAAGUCUUACGUCAUUCACUCGUUAUUUUUUAGUAACUUAUAACUAUUAAAUUUUUAUAUUUUCUCACCUUUUAUUUUUUUUCCU